ACAUUUCAAGUUAAAGAGACGUGGCUUAAACUCUCGCCAGUAAAGUCCCUCCAAAAAUGUCCCCCUCUCUUCUCCGACACACUCCAUAUCUCACCUCUACAGUUCCAUUCCCAAUUCGAUAUUUCAUUUCUUCAACCAAAAUGCCAAAAACACGUCUCUCAACAAUGCAACAAAACCCAGGUGCACAAAAAAUUCAGCUUAAAUGUUCUGAAGUUGGUGGUGUUGUACCUAACAGAGUGAGAAAAAGGAGAGGGGAAAUGUUAGCCAAAGAGGUUAAGACAGAAUCUCCUGAUGAAAAAUUUCUCAGGCAUCCAGAAAUUGAAGAUCUUGCAAAUAAAAGUGGCAAUAUUUAUUCUCAAUCAAUACAACCUCCUGCCAACUGGGAAAGGGUCAUUGAAGGGAUACGCAGAAUGAGAUCAUCAGAACAUGCACCUGUGGACUCCAUUGACCCGGAUGAAGGAGUGACUUCUCUUCAACCUAAGGAAAGAAGAUUUGCUGUUCUGGUUGGUUCAUUGUUAUCAAGCCAGACCAAGGGUCAUGUUACACAUGAAGCAAAUCAGCGGCUCCUCGAAAAUGGUUUGCUGAGUGCUGACUCAAUGGAUAAAGCUGAUGAAGUCACCAUAAAGAGCUUGAUAUACCCGGUUGGAUUUUACACAAGAAAGGCUCGGCACCUUAAACAAGUCGCAGAGAUUUGUGUCUCUAAAUAUGAUGGAGACAUUCCUAGUACAGUGGACGAGUUGCUUCUACUUCCAGGUGUUGGUCCCAAGAUAGCUCACCUGGUUAUGAUUAUGGCAUGGAACAAAGUUGAAGGGAUUUGCGUAGAUACCCACGUGCAUCGUGUUAGUAAUCGGCUUGGAUGGGUCUCGCAGCCUGGAAAAAAGCAGGGAACUAGAUCCCCUGAAGAGACUAGGGUCUCCUUGCAGCAGUGGCUUCCUAAAGAAGAAUGGGUUUCUAUUAAUUUGCUAUUGGUAGGCUUUGGACAGAGCAUAUGUACUCCUCUGAGACCUCGCUGUGCAAAAUGUACAGUAAGUCAAUUCUGCCCAUCGGCAUUUAAGGAUAUGUCAAGCACAGCUACCACUUCCAGAACACUAAGCCCCAAGAAGAAACAUUGACAAGGAUGUUUGCUGUUACGUGAUCAAUUUUUUCAAGUUCUGUUCUUCUAAUGUAAAAAGAAUUUUGUAUUAAUUGUAAAAAAACAAUUAAAAAAAAUGGGUGUAGCUUCUAGUACUUUUUAUUUUUUUUUUUUUUAAAUUUUGUAUUAAUGUUGGCCUAGGAUGAAUUGAAAUGGAAAACAUGGUGAUUGGGGAUUCAUAUAUCACACUCCAACUUGCUAAACACUGAGGCAUAGUAUUUGUUGUAUUCGUUGAACAAGUUAAUUUCUACAUUACUGAAGGCAGACGAUAUUAGUUUUUAA